GAUAAAGGACCAUUCACACACUCUCCCUCUCAAGUUGUGCUUUGUUCUUAUCUUUAUGAAUAGUAUUUAGAUCCUUUCUCAAAUAGCCCUCACCCACAUAUAUUGCACCCCCAAAAAAAAAAAGCUUUUUUCUCCUAUAGUAUCACUCCCCUUCUCUCCCUUUCUUAUAUUUUCCUCCAACUCAUAUCACCACACUAUUCAAGUUUUUAUUUUUCAAGAAAACUCAUCUUAGCAAUGAAUCAAUGUGUACCGGGUUGGGAUCUUGAUGAUAGUACCAAGAUCAAUGCAUCUCAAGCCGUCCCUUCAUUAGAUUAUGAAGUGGCGGAGCUAACAUGGGAAAAUGGGCAACUAGCCAUGCAUGGCCUCGGCGUGCCGCGCGCUGGCGGCACGCUCGAGUCCAUCGUCAGCCAAGCCGCCUUCUAUCCGGCGCCGCUGAAUCCCACCACCAACGCCAAGGACCCGGCGCCGUGGUCAGAGCACCGCCCCAACCAUGGAGGCAGAACCACGGACGCAAUGGUGUCGUGCCCCAACGGCGUCCGUGGGGAUGCCAGCAGGGCCGGGUGCUCGUCCACUGGCUCCCGCCGCGUUGUGAGCGCCACGUGCGGCGGGAUGUCGAUUGACACAUGGGAGAGGGAAUUCGGUGGGCCCGGGUUCACGUCACCCACGGCGUCGAUGAUUUCGCCGGGAAACACUAUCUCCGGCGGAGACUACACGAAGACAUCCGGCUGCGUUCCCCUUCACAGCAGCUCUCAGAGAAACGCAGAUGAGGAGGAGGGCAGGAGAAGAGACAGUGGAAAGUCUUCAGUUUGCACAAAAAGGAAUAGGGCGGCAGCAAUUCAUAACCAAUCCGAACGUAAACGAAGAGACAAAAUCAAUCAAAAAAUGAAGACGUUGCAAAAAAUGGUCCCACGUUCCAGCAAGAAUGACAAAGCAUCAAUGUUGGAUGAGGUGAUAGAGUACUUGAAGCAAUUGCAAGCUCAAGUGCACAUGAUGAGUAGGAUGAACAUGAACAUGAACAUGAACAUGCCAUCCAUGAUGUUGCCAUUAGCUUUGCAGCAGCAGCUUCAGAUGUCGAUGAUGGGGUGCAUGGGCAUGGGCAUGGGGAUGGGGGUCAUGGACAUGAGCACCAUCCCCCGUCCCUCAGCGCCAUGGGACAACGGUGGGGAAUGUUUGGCGCCGCCACAACCGCCCUCGGCGGCUGCCUUGCCGGACCCUUUAGCAUCACUUCUUGCAUGCCAAAAUCAACCAAUGACGAUGGAUGCUUAUAGUAGGGUGGCAGCUAUGUACCAGCAAUUGCAACAACAGUUGCCUGGUUCAAAAAAUUAAAACUUAAUUGGGUUUUAUGAAAGAGAACUAUAUAUAAUUUUCAUAAUUUUAUUUAUGCGUUUGAGGGAUUAAUUUGUCCUCUGAUUACUGCAUGGAUUUAUGUUCUCCAUUAAUUGGAGAUCCUAGUAGAGUUACAUGUAUGUAAGAAUUUCGUGUCACCGUGUAUAGUAGUAGUAUAGUUUUUCCAUUUUUAGAA